UCAUCUGUUUGAGCGUGCCGCAGGUGGUCAGAUUUGUUUGAAUUUUGAGCGUGAGCAAGAUGGAAACGGCGAUUAAAUACGUUGCCGCCCUAAACGUGGAUCAGAGGCUGGUGAAAUGCUUCAUCUACGCACUGUUUCGGGAUACAUCGCGAAUCGAAGUCGUUGGAUCCGCGAUUGAACAGAUUGAAUUUUUACACCCAGCAACAGGACGUGAAGAAAUCGACCCCGUCAAAUUAUGGAACAGCGUCCAAAACACGAUCAAAGCGGCUAUAGCAGAAGCUAACCUAACCGCAGCUCAGAUUGCAUUUAUCGCCAUCAGCUCCCAUCGUGGUUCAUUCACCUGCUGGAACCGAUCAAGCGGAACUGCUUAUCACAAUUUUAUCACCGCACAGGAUCUACGGGCGGAUCACAUGGUCAAGGACUGCAACGGAAGACUUUUGUUCAGAGCGUUCAAGGCAAGUGCAUGCCUGCUAUACUGUGUUACAAAAAGUCAACGCUACCUUAGUCAAAGUGUGUUUAAUGUAACCAGUGCACAUGUAACAAUGCGUCUUGCUUGGUUACUUGAAAAUUGUCCUGGGUUGCAGCAGGAUCUGAAACAGGGUGACGUUGUCUAUGGAACGAUCGAUGCUUGGUUGUUGUUCCACCUGCGAAAAGGCGUUGAUGCUGAUAAAGAGAUUGAGCAUAUCAGUGAUAUAACGAAUUGUGCAGCUAGCGGGUUUUACGAUCCUUUCACUCAGGAAUGGACUGAAUGGGCAACCAUGUUAUACCCAAUUAAGAGGAGCAUACUUCCAACUGUUGUAACGAACUCUUUCGAUUUUGGAUAUGUUCAUCCAUCGCUGUUUGGAAGCUCUAUAAAAAUAGGAACAUCGAUUUCAGACACAUCAGCCGCAUUAUGGGGAAAUUGUUGCUUCGAUAGAACUGAUUUGUACAUUCGAAUGGAUACUACAGCUGUUGUCAACAUUAUUACCAGAUCAACUUGUCUAGCUUCAGUACGUGGGAUGUCCACAGGAAUCGGUUAUAAACAUUCGAACGGAAACCAGCACGAGAUUGUCUAUGUGCUUGAGGAAACGUCCACGGAAUGCACCACAGUUAUUGAUUGGGGUAUUAAAAUUGGUCUCUUUGCCGACUACCGUGAAGCGUCCACCCUAGCUUGCUCCGUAUCGGACUCAAAUGGAGUAUUUUUCGUAUCAGAGUUCAAUGUGCUGGGGCGGUGUGAUAUCACCGCUGGUUCAAGCUUCGUCGGUAUCAAGAAGGCAACCAGGAAAGAACAUUUAGUCCGAGCGUUACUAGAAAGUAUGGUCUACCGAAUCGCUUUAUUAUAUGUUAGUGCACACAAGGAAAUUCUGAACCAGUCACUGGAACCUUUUUCUACAAUUAAAGUAGAUGGAAGUGUAGCGCAAAAUGACUUUAUUUGUCAGAUGCUGGCCGACAUUACAAGUCUGCCAGUGGAACGGGGAGAUGUUGCGGAUGCUUCAGCACUCGGAGCUGUGCUACUUGCCGGACUUAAUGUAAACGUGUGGACUAGUAAAAAUGAGUUGAUUCAGGUUAGAAAGGUUGACAAGAUCUUCCUACCGAGCCCCAACAGCAAGUUGAAACUUUUGCGGAGUAUGCGGUGUUGGGAAGAGUUGGUGGAGAAAUUUAAGGGCUGAUUAGUUAUUUUCUGUGAAUUUGAACCAUGUUCGUAACUUGUACAAUUUUUAUUGCGGGUUCUUUUUUAAGUGACGAGCCACUGCUACCAGUAUUUAGAUGUAUUUAGGAUUAACAAUAGCUUUUCCGAAAAUAUCACUAUA